GAUAGGCAGGAAAAAGAAAAUUAGCGUUCCCAUGUCAAUCUCCACCGCAUCGAACGGUGUUCGAUUCCGGACCGCGAUUCAAUGGCUGUUCAACAUUCAAAAGUAGUGUCAUCAACUCUGAAAGCAGUACUUACUGGAAGUCCGACCGUCUCCAUAAACCUUUGUAUUCUGGAAGAGUGUCUCCGGAAAUGCCAGAUUCCGAAAGAUUUUCUCCAAAUCCAUGCUCAGCUGUCCGUUUCCGGUUUAAUCAACGAUUCUAUGGCCGCAAGUCGCCUUCUUUCCUUCUCCGCAAACUCACAUUUUCUUCCUCUCGAUCACUCUCUGCGAAUUCUCGACCAGGCGGAGAACCCCAACGCCUUCUGCUGGAACACCAUUAUGCGAGCUUAUGUCCGGAGAAAUCUUCCUCAGUCUUGUCUUUCUCUAUACAGAUCGAUGCUGAAGUCUGGCUUGGUUCCAGAUAACUUCACCCACCCGAUUGUACUCCAAGCUUGUUCUUUGCGGUUUUGUUUACGGGAAGGUGAGCAGAUCCAUUCUCAUAUUUUAAAAUUUGGGCUGCAUUUAGAUGUUUAUAUUCUCAAUACUUUGAUCAAUUUGUACUCUGUUUGUGGGCAUUUGGGGCGUGCACGAUUACUGUUUGAUGAAAGUCCUGUGUUGGAUUCUGUUUCUUGGAAUUCGAUUCUGGCAGCAUAUGUGCAGAUUGGUGAUGUGGAUGAGUCUGUUUACAUCUUUGAUAAUAUGCCGGAGCAGAACACAAUUGCUUCAAAUUCCAUGAUUGCUCUGUUUGGCAGAAGUAAGCUAGUUGAGGAUGCGCGAAAGCUAUUUGAUGAAAUGACUCUUAGAGACACCGUGUCGUGGACUGCCAUGAUUAGCUGUUAUGAACAAAAUAAGAUGUUUAGGGAGGCAUUGGAGUUGUUUAAUUUCAUGAGAGGUUGUGGAAUUCCCAUUGAUGAGGUUGUGUUGGUCAGUGUGCUUUCUGCUUGUGCUUCGUUGGGAACUAUUAAGGAAGGCGAAGCCAUUCAUGGAUUGAUCAUCAGAAUUGGGAUUCAAACAUAUUUGAGCCUUAUGAAUUCCUUGAGCCAUAUGUACUCCUCAUAUGGGAAUAUUGAUGCCGCCGAAUUGUUAUUUGAUUCAAGUUAUUCGGAUCAAAUUUCUUGGAAUAUAAUGAUAUCUGGCUACUUGAAGUGUGGUUUUGUGGAUAAAGCAAGACGGACAUUUCAUUCCAUGCCUCAUAAGGAUUUGGUUUCUUGGAGCACCAUCAUUUCAGGCUAUGCCCAACAUGGAAGUUUCUCGGACACGUUGAAUUUGUUCCAUGAGAUGCAAAUUAGGGGGAUUAGACCUGAUGAAACUACAUUGGUUAGUGUUAUUUCGGCUUGCACCAAUCUUUCUGCUCUGGAACAAGGUAGAUGGGUGCAUGCCUAUGUAAGGAAGCAUGCCUUUAGACUUAAUUUGUUUCUUGGCACAACCCUCAUAGACAUGUACAUGAAGUUUGGUUGCACGGAGACCGCACUGGAGAUUUUUGAUGAGAUGGAGGAAAAGAGUGUUUCUACUUGGAAUGCUGUGAUACUAGGUUUGGCCAUGAAUGGAUUCUUUAAAGAAGCGCUCGAGAAGUUCUCCCAUAUGGAGAGGCAUGGCGUGUUGCCUAAUGAGAUCACCUUUGUCGGUGUUUUGGGUGCCUGUCGUCAUGGUGGCUUGGUCGCUGAAGGACGGGAUCAUUUCAAUUCAAUGAAGCAUGUUUAUAAUCUAGAACCAAAUGUUAAACACUAUGGAUGCAUUGUUGAUCUAUUAGGACGUGCCGGUCUUCUUAAUGAAGCCGAGGAAGUCAUAACAUACAUGCCUAUUGUUCCGGAUGUGUCUACUUGGGGGGCUUUGCUUGGUGCAUGCAAAAAGUAUGGAAACAAUGAGAUAGGAGAGAGAUUAGGGAGGAAGCUCAUUGAGUUAGAGCCCGAGCAUGAUGGAUUCCAUGUGCUACUCUCUAACAUGUACGCUUCGAAGGGGAAGUGGGAUGAUCUGAUGGAGAUCAGGAGCAUAAUGAAGAGAAGAAAGGUGGUUAAGACGCCUGGGUGUAGUAUAAUAGAAGCUGACGGCAUUGUUCAUGAGUUCUUAUCGGGUGAUGAUGGCCAUCCACAAAUGAAUAAAAUUGAAGAAAUGUUAAAUGAGAUGGCGAGGAAAUUGAAGAUGGAAGGCUAUGAAGCUAACACUGCUGAAGUUGCUUUUGACAUUGAGAACGAAGAGAAGGAAUCCUCUCUUUAUCGGCAUAGCGAGAAGCUUGCAAUCGCCUUUGGGCUCAUUAACACAAAACCAUCUGUACCAAUAAGGAUAAUGAAGAAUCUACGAAUAUGUAGUGAUUGCCAUGCUGCAGCCAAGAUUUUAUCCAAAGCCUUCGAGCGUGAGAUAGUGGUGAGAGACCGGCAUCGAUUCCAUCACUUUAAGCAGGGUGUAUGCUCAUGCACAGACUAUUGAAAGAGCAUAGACAGAAAGGGUUCAAGAGAGAAGAUCUAAGGAUCACUCUUGAUUAUUAUUAGGAAGUGCAAACUGAUGUGCAGAUGCAUUCUCCGAUCCCUAUGUAUUUGGCCGAAGUUCAAUGCUACAGGAAUGAUUAUGUGCCACUUAAAUAUAUAACAAGACUUAACAAGUGCUUGCUGUACAAUGAAUAUUUCUAGCUAGCUUUUGGUUAUCUAAGAACAUUGAGACUCUUAUUAACAAGUAAAGGAUAGUAUUUUGAGAAUGAUCCUUCAUUUGACGAAGACCCUGGAGACUUCAUCUAAGCUGGCAGUAGCUUUAACUACUUUGGUGAUUUCAAUGGCCACUUUAAUGAAUGAGUUCAUUUAAACUGGGCGGGUAGCCAUGUUGAUUUCAAUUGACGAAUUUAUCGUUAGGUAGAUCGUUCCUCCAGGGACUUCAAUUGACAUUGGGUGUACAAUUGAUGCUUAUAAAAAUUUUCU